AUGGCGACCUAUCUGCAACGGCUGGCAAACAGGUCCGGCAAGGCUUACCGGCCGGCGUUGGCUCCAAUUACGAGAGCAUAUUCAACCGAAGGUUCAUUGGUGGAAGUGAAAUCCGGCGAGAUCGGCAUGGUCUCCGGUAUCCCCCAAGAGCACCUCCGCAGAAGGGUUCAGAUCUUCUCGCCUGCUCGAACUGCUUCUCAGCAAGGAUCCGGGAAGGUGGGGAAGUGGAAGAUCAACUUCAUUUCAACACAAAAAUGGGAAAAUCCAUUAAUGGGUUGGACUUCCACUGGAGACCCAUAUGCAAAUGUUGGUGAUGCUGGACUAAGUUUCGACAGUCAAGAAGCUGCUGUAGCUUUUGCUGAGAGACAUGGCUGGGAUUACACGGUCAAGAAGCACCACACUCCAUUAUUGAAGGUGAAGUCAUACGCAGACAACUUCAAAUGGAAGGGGCCUCCCAAGCCACAGGAAAAUUAA